GAUUACGGAAGACUGCGUGGGUCCCGCCAUUCUAUUCCUUCUUCGCUUCUCCUUUCGAUUAAAGCUUCAGCUUUCGCUUGCUGUUUUUUUUUUUCAUGGCGUCCGCUGGGUCACGUGAGGGGCACUACAGGGGAGUGAGGAAGAGGCCGUGGGGUCGUUACGCAGCUGAAAUACGUGACCCGUGGAAGAAGACGAGGGUGUGGUUGGGUACAUUCGACACACCGGAAGAAGCUGCACUUGCAUACGACGGAGCCGCUCUGUCUCUCCGUGGAUCUAAAGCAAAGACCAACUUCCCGGCUCCUCCAACUGGGCUUUCUCUGGACCUCAAUAUCCCAUCAGACCACCACCAUCAUCGUUGGGCGCCUCCGUCGGCCCAACGUCUCGGUCUCGGGGAUUUUCUCCAUACUGGUGUUCUUAAGGGCAUGAACUUUACCGGCACCGAGCUUCCGUCAUCGUCACGUGAUGUUGCUGUUACCGUCGCGCCUACUAUCCCAGAGAACGUCACGUUUGGUAUUGUCCGACGUGGCCUGCCCGUUGAUUUGAAUGAGCCUCCACCGCUCUGGCUGUAAAUGAUUGCGCUAACUUAGCUUCUUUAAGUUAUCAACCGGCGACGUUUUGUUCUAGCUUUAGGAAAACAAAAGGCAAAAAAAAUGUAAAAGAUCCGAUCUUUAUUUGAAGCUGAGAAAAUGUGACUGUCGUGUAUAUAUAUGCUUAAUGGUUAUUUAGUUUUUCU